AUGCUCACGAAAGAGCUCAUUCCAGGUGCAACCUACCCCACCUCAUACGAAAUGCCAGAGGCGCGCUCUCGACCCGGACCACGCAUGGUCCGCAAAUACCUCAGCACCAUCCUCCACACGACGAGUCUCGUGGCCAGCCUCCUUGGCAUGUCUCUCUUCGCAGCUGCUAUCCCACGCUGGAACAGCAACUUCUUCCACAACACGGGCCCGAACCGAGGUGACUGGACCGACGGUAUGCCCCUCGGCCCUCUCGUCUUUGCGCUCCUCUACCACGCCGCCACACUAAUUUACAAUCACGCACGUCGGCAAAGAAUCCGACGACAAUUUGCCCGCCAGUCCGCAGACGCAGUCACAAUGGCAGACGGCGGUAAACCGUCCCUGGUCAUCAUCCACGUGCUAUCGUCCUCGCUGAUCCUGGCAGCACUAUUUGCCUCCCUCAUCCUGGCCGCAUACGGCUCGCUGUUCCGGUUCUGGCGCCCCGCAAUGCGAACUCAAUCUGGCGGCGUGCCUUGCACCAUGAUCAACGUCUUCGCGCGCGAGUGCCAGCCUGUGCUGUACAGCGUGGGCCGCCUGCAGCUGGCAGGGAUCGUGUUUGGGAUCGUCGUCUGGGCGCCAGAGCAUGAUCAAGCGCCUGCAGUCCGAGAAACUAGCUCAGUUCUCUCUACCACGAUCGUCCUCGUCCUCGUCAUUCUCGCCGUCAGACAGAACAACGGCAGUCCCCGCUGGACGAACACGCUCCACGACCGCCAUGAGUCUAGGCAGAUCGCUCUCGAUGAAAGCGCAGCAGGGGCUCCAGAGUCACGGCAGCCGUAG